AUGAAUAUCACUUCGCCUCCAUACCCAUUUCCAACAAGAGGGACUCGCAUUGACGGCCCACACUUCCUGGCUAUCCACCGGGAUAUACUGCCCUCCAGCCUCGUCGAAGGCUGCGACGCUCCAGAUGUAUCUUUUACAGCCUUUCCGCACAGAAGCCAUUUCCUUGGGGAACGUACUCCAGAGAUAUGGGUACCGCUCUUUCUCCACAAUCUCUAUGAUUUGCUUGUAGAAGCCGGUCAUAGAGAGGACGAUUUAGUGCAAAAGGAGGAGGAAGAGAUGAGCAGGAAUGAGUCAGGUUUCAAUUUCAUUAACCGCGCCUCACCCCUGGAUGUCUCAGAUCUCUGGUCAUCGAAUGACGGUGCUGGAGUUCCAACCUGGCGAGGACGGGGGUGUACUGCUCAUCUACCUCGACGCGAGGUCCCCGUUGACCAGUGGCUCUUCGCGUCGCUCGGAUGCAACUUCACUGGCAUCCUACAAUACGACUUGAACUUCAAAGGAGUCUAUGUCGACUUCAAGCCUACCCGCUACACAUGA